GUCGAAAACGUAAGCUUGACUCUCAACAAAACGAAGUUGCUUUGGCAUUAGAUGCUUUAAGGUCUAAUCCAUCUACUUCUAUUAUAAAAAAACCACGAAACACAAAUAAUGAAACUAUAAUACAAUCCACUAAAAGCACAAAAAAAGUAUCACAACCUUUAAAUCAAAGUAUUAAUGAUGGUGUAGACGUCGACAAUAUUGAUGACAAUACACAAAACUUUCUUCGUGAGAAUACUGAAAGUGUACCUCGACUUCUACUCAGUAAAUCUUUUACUAAUACAUUAGGAAACUUAACAGUUGAUGAUGAAAAUACUUCAAAUAGUGAAAAUAAAACAAUGAAAUUAAUACUGGAAACAACUAAACAAAUAUUGUCACAAAGUAUUUCAAUUAUAGAAAAGUAUGAAGCUUUAGAGUCUGCAGUUACUCUGCUGUCUAAUGAUGUCAAAGCUUUACAAUCCUUAAAUGAAAAUUUCAAGUUGAAUACACGAGACCAUGAUAAUGAAUGGUGGCAG